AUGUUUUAUGAAGAGACAUAUCAACCGCCAUUACUUAAACUUGAUAAAUCUCUGAUUUCAGAAGAAACAGAUUCCACUGAAGUAAUUCAAGUAAAGGGAAGUUUUUAUUUCUUAGUUGAACCAUACACGGUAGAAGCAGGUUGGGAAAUUCAUGAUUCAAAAGAUAAGAUAAUCAAAUAUGGCAGCCUUGGCAAAUUUACAGUUUCAGAAAAACAAACAAGUAUGGAUUUUGAUGUGUCAAUCACACCACCAACAGAACUUGGAAAGUACACAUUAUAUGUUUACACAUAUACUAAUGGUCUUGGCUCAUUGCUUUAUGAAGAAUUCACAAUUACAGUUGUUCCACCAAAUUAUAGACCAAAGUUAUACAUUGUUCCAUCUGAAUACCUAUAUUACAUUCCAGAUUCUGAAGUUUCUUUCUUGGCUUCAGUCUACGAUCAAGAUUCAGGUGAUAAACCACUCACAGCAAAGGUUUUCUUCAACAAUGCAGAAGUUGCAACACAAGAAGUUGCAAACAGCACAGAUCUUAAGACAUUCAAAUUCAAAGUUCCAAAAGACACAGCAGCAGGUGAAUAUGAAGUCAAAGUCACAGCUACAGAUGGCAAGAAGAUUGGAACAAAGAAGUUCACAAUCACAAUCAAGAUAACACAGUUCUCACAAUCUAUUUCGAACCAAAACUUAAUGCCACAUACAACAAAGGCGACAAGGUCAACUUCACAGCUGUCAUCAAUGAUCCAGAUACAAACUUCGAUAACAAGUUCACUGUUUCUCUGUUCUACAACGAUAAAGUCAAGAAGACGAUCACAUCAACUAACGAUGC